AUGUUACAACAUCCUAAGUAAAGCACACAUAAAUUCGAAAUUUUACCAGAAACAACUACAAAAAUUGAUUCUUAUUCAUUCACUAAUGCUAUUAAUUUGAAAAAGACCCUGAUAAUCAUAGGAGCAGGCAGUAAAAUUUAAAUAUAUGAAAUCCCUUAUAUAAAUGGAGAACCAAAGUAGCUGAAUAUGAUUUAAAAACUUAAAGAACAUUCAAAUGAUGUUUUAGCCCUUUAAUUCUUUAAUCUGCCAUAAAAAAAUGACUCUUUCAUCUCUGGUGCUGCAAUGGUUGAUAAUUCAAUAAUCAUAUGGUCAUAGGUACAAAAUCCAAACAGCACUAUUUAAUAUGGUAUGUAGUAUAGAUUGAAGGGACAUUAGGAUUAGGUGUCCAACUUACUUAUUCAUCCAAUUAGAGAGGAUAUUAUUAUUUCAGGUUCUCAAGAUUCAACAAUAAAAUUCUGGUCAAAAGAUCAUGAAUGGAGUUGUUAGCAAACAAUGAAUGAAUUUGAAACUGCGAUAAAUGCAAUGGCAAUUAAUAAUUUAGGUGACUAAUUUGUAUCUUGUUCAAAGGAAAAAUUCAUUAUAGUAAUGAGACCUGAUCAAUAAUUUUAAUGGUCUGUUAAAUAACGAAUAAAAUUUCCUAAGGAAGUUUUUCGAUUGUGUUUUAUUACAAAUGAUCUAUUGGCUGUCUUACCACAUUUGGGAACUUAACUUCACUUUUUCGCUUAAAAUGAACAUUAGCACUUUGUUAAAUCAUUAGACCAUUUAAAUUUAGCGACACCUGGUGAAUAAUGUUUUCCCCUAUCCCCACCUUGCUAUUCUCCUAUCACAGAGACACUUAUAAUAAAAAAUGGAAACAAAAUCAAUGUAGUAAAAUUUUCAUUCCUAAAGUCCAAAGAAGGAGUCUAGAUUAGGGAUAGUGAAGGAGGAUGGACUUGCAAAUUAGAACAAGUAAUUGAAUAUGUAGAUUAUUUGUAUUUUGGCUCAAUGAGUAAAGACGGAGAAUAUCUUGUAUCGUAUUCAUGCGAUUCAUAAUUAAUUCAAAUUAGAAAAUACACAAUGUAAGAAUGA